AGCUUUUUUAGAGGCUGUGUGAGCCUCAGAGUAGAGCAGUGAGAGUCUGGAAGCAGAGAAAACACAAAGCACUGGUCAGCAGCUCCCUCUUUGCCAUUGUGUGCUGAAGUCACUCAUACCCAUCUGAUCAUCAUCAACUCCACACCAAAGUGUCACCAAUGAUGGAGAAGCCUUACGAAACAAAUGGCCACAUUGACAAGUAUUCUGAUUUCAAUGUCUACCCAGUGGAAGAAACUAGAAAAGCUGCAAAGAAAAGUCCAGAGUCAAAAUGUGCCCAGUUCCUCAAGAAGAAUGCCAUUGUCAUCCUCACAGUGUCUGGGGUGCUGGUAGGGGUUGGCCUGGGCACAGCAGUGAGGACCAUGAACUUGACCAAAGCUCAGAUGACCUACUUUGCCUUUCCUGGAGAAAUGCUGCUGAGGAUGCUGAAGAUGAUUAUCCUACCACUGGUGGUGUGCAGCUUGAUCUCUGGCGCUGCCAGUCUGGAUACCAGAUCACUGGGCAAGUUGGGUGGCAUUGCUGUGGCUUACUUCUUGGUCACCACUCUCAUGGCUUCUGGGUUAGCUAUAGCCUUAGCCUUCAUAAUUAAACCAGGAGCUGAGGCAAAUGCUCUGAACUCUAAUGCCCUGGGCAUUGAAACCACAUUCAGCACCACUAAGGAGACCGUGGACUCCUUCCUGGACCUUGCCAGAAACCUGAUGCCUGCAAACCUUGUUGCUGCAGCCUUUAGAUCGUACGCCACAGAAUAUAUGACCUACAGAAGAAACACAACAGAUGGCAACUUUACCAUUGAACGGGUACCUGUUGGUACAGAGGUUGAAGGGAUGAAUAUUUUGGGACUGGUUCUCUUUGCUCUUGUCCUGGGAGUGGCCUUGAAAAAGCUGGGACCAGAAGGAGAGGAGCUCAUCCGAUUUUUCAAUGCCUUUAAUGAGGCUACGAUGGUUAUUGUGUCCUGGAUUAUGUGGUAUGUCCCUAUUGGAAUUAUGUUCCUAGUGGGCAGCAAGAUUGUUGAGAUGGGAAAUAUCGUGCUCCUGGUGACCAGCCUUGGGAAGUACAUCAUAGCAUCUAUUCUGGGUCACAUUAUUCAUGGAGGAAUAGUACUUCCACUAAUCUAUUUUGCCUUUACGCGCAAAAACCCCUACACAUUCUUACUUGGGCUGAUAACUCCUUUUGCAACUGCCUUUGCAACAUCCUCAAGCUCUGCAACUCUCCCAACUAUGAUCAAGUGCAUUGAAGAGAACAAUGGAGUGGACAAAAGAAUCAGCAGGUUCAUCCUCCCUAUCGGAGCAACAGUGAACAUGGAUGGUGCAGCCAUAUUCCAAUGUAUGGCAGCUGUAUUCAUUGCCCAGAUGAACAACAUCGACCUAAACGCUGGACAGAUCUUCACUAUUCUUGUGACAGCAACAGCGUCAAGUGUGGGAGCAGCUGGAAUUCCUGCCGGAGGUGUCCUCACUAUCGCUAUUAUUCUAGAGGCGAUUGGCCUUCCGACAAACGAUUUGUCACUGAUCCUGGCGGUAGACUGGAUUGUAGACCGGACAACUACAGUAGUAAAUGUUGAAGGAGAUGCUCUUGGGGCAGGAAUUCUUCAUCAUCUCAACCAGAAGGAAGUAGCAAAAAAUCAACAGGCGCUGAAUGAUGUUUAUGUUGAGGCUGUGCCAAACUGCAAGUCAGAAGAAGAAACUUCUCCUCUUGUAAUGCCCAGAGACCAAACCUCAAAAUCCAUGAGCAUGGCUGUGCCAUUAUCAAACGAAUCCGUACUGUGAUGUGCCAUGUAAUGCUGCUGUUUUCAUUAGACUGCGGGUCGAUUCUUAAGACCAGAUGUUGCUCACUGCCAGUAUGGACUGCUAGAGUCUAGAAUAGUAGCUCAUUCCUGAAUCUGCCAGUAUUCACAGGAGUGAUUAGUGUUUAAACUCCAAACCACUAAAAAGCAAAAUACCCUAAAUCAAUACACAGUCCACUCCAUAUAGAAAUAUUUAUCACACCAGGGAUGAAAUAUUUCCUUUGUUGCGGGGCGUUUAUUCAUGUAGCAUUACUUGAGAACCCUCUUCUAUACCCAUAGGGUUAGUAUCCCUUGUAGAGUGAUAGUGGUCUGAUGCCAUACUUUUGCCAGAGAUUUUAUCUCUAUUUUAUGCCAGUUUGCCAAAACAAGGCUAUCCCGUGGUAUCGAGACCAGGACUGAUCCUUGUGGAAAAUAAGUUAAAAGGGGACUCACUAGGGCUAAGUUACAGAAUAAAGGGUCUGUGGGACCUGGAAUGUUUGUCUGUAUGCUUAUGUAUACCAGUUUAGAUCGCUUUACAAAAAUGCAUUCUGCUUUCGGGUAUGGUACAGGAACCUUAUUAAUACAUUCUAGAAAACCCUAAUUGUUUUUUGGGCAGCAAUUCAAUGGCCACCCAUUUAAAAAUAUGUGUAGCACUUACAGUUUUCUAUUGGUCUCCCUGCAAAGUCUAACAAGUCUAACAACUACCUAUUGCCUCUUCCAAAAAAAGUCUGCGCCAUGCAGCUUACUGUGAUGGAGUGACAACACUGCUGCAUUGCUCCUGAAUUCAGAGCAGCAUUGUCACCUUCAUAUAACUCAUGCCUAGAGUGAGAUGAGUAGAUGGAUCAGAGGGCUUGGCUUUCAGCAAUGUUACAAAUGAAGGAGAAUUUGUCUCAACCAGGAAAAGCAAAGGACAUUGUUUUACUUUAUGAAGCUUUUGCAUCACAUAACAAUAGAAUUUGGAACCUGUUUAGACUGUCACACAAAGCCUUUAAAUAUACUUUAAUUUGAAAUAAAGGUAUAUUUGCAU